AUGGACAGAGGGAACGAAACCACAGUCAUCCAGAUUACUGAAUUUAUUCUUGUGGGGCUCACAGACAAGUCAGAACUACAAGCCCCGCUCUUUCUGUUGUUCCUCCUCAUCUACACUGUGACUGUGGUGAGAAACUUGGGCAUGAUCAUCCUAACCAAGAUUGAUUCCCAUCUGCAAACUCCCUUGUACUUUUUCCUCAGGCACCUGGCACUUACUGAUCUUGGUUAUUCCACCUCUAUUGGUCCAAAAAUGUUGGUCAAUUUCGUAGUAGAAAAAAAUAUCAUCUCCUACAACUGGUGUGCAACCCAGCUCUUUGUCUUUAUGACAUUCAUGAUCAGUGAAUUUUUCAUUCUGUCUGCCAUGGCAUAUGACCGCUAUGUAGCUAUCUGUAAGCCCCUACUCUAUAUGGUCAUUAUGUCAGAUAUUGUGUGUUUGGCCUUGGUGGCCAUCCCUUACAUUUAUAGCAUCUUUGUGUCAUUGCUCAUCGUAGUUAAAAUUUUUACUUUAUCCUUUUGUGAUUCAAAUGUAAUCAAGCAUUUCUACUGUGACACUCUUCCCAUAUUGUCCCUUCUAUGCUCGGACACACAAGAAAUAGAAUUAAUUGUAUUUAUUUUUUGUGCUUUAAAUUUGCUUUCCUCUCUCAUGAUUGUUCUCAUAUCCUACAUUCUCAUCCUUGUGGCCAUCCUCAGGAUGAAUUCUGCUGCGGGCAGGCACAAAGCUUUUUCCACCUGUUUCUCCCAUCUCACUGUCGUGGUUGUGUUCUAUGGGACUCUUCUCUUUAUGUACUUGCAGCCACAAUCCAGCCACUCCUUUGAAACGGACCAAAUGGCUUCUGUGUUUUAUACCUUGGUCAUUCCUAUGCUUAACCCUUUGAUCUACAGCUUGAGGAACAAAGAGGUGAAAAAUGCCCUUAAAAGAACCAUAGAAAAUCAAUGCAAAUUCAUUCUGUAAUAUACCAAGAAGAAAAAAAAGAUCUUGCAGUUUAAAAUAGGCAAGCACACCUCUCCCAUCUCCUUUUAAGCAACUUAUGUGUCUGAGGGGGAAAAUUCUCAUCAUUUUCUCCUGAAUCAAAUAGAAUAUCAUUAGUUAUAAUUAGUAACUCAUUUGCUUGAAUGUUUUUGCACAAAUU